GGUUUCGGUCGGUGGACGUGCUCGAGCCAGACCCGGUAGCAAGCGUACGAGACAGAUCCCAAUCUGCGAUCCACUCCGAGCCAAGCUUCCUCCGCCGCCGAUGGCGAUGCCGUCGAGCGCCCCCGCGGCGCGGCUGCGGCUGCUCACCGUGCCGGCGCUGCUGCUGCUGCUCUCCUCGGCCGCGCUGCUCGUCUUCCUCAUACUGCCCUCGCUCUCCCCCUCCACCUCCGCGCACCUCUGCGCCUGCUCGCCCCCCGCCACUACGCACACCACCACCACCGUCACCACCACCACCACCACUGCCUCCCACGCGCCCGUCACCACCUCCCCCGCCGACGUCUCCUGGCUCAAGGCCCAGCUCGCCUCCAACUCCCUCCUUGCCGACGGCGCCGCGGCCUCUCACGACGCCUGGCACCGCCUGCGCAAGGGCAUCAACCCGCGCACCCGCGAGCAGCAGCUCUUCGACAUCAACAGGCACCAUGGGAUCUCUCACUAUCUGGACAAAGAAGCAACCAACCACACCGCGCUGCCUUGCCCUGGUGAGCUCCUUGUCGAAGAGCACCACAGCAACUAUGGUGAACCGUGGGCUGGUGGCCGUGACGUUUUCGAGUUCCUUGCUAAUGCCUCUGCUCUCACGCCCACGGACCAGGUUCUCGAAAUUGGAUGUGGGACGCUUCGUGUUGGUCUGCAUUUCAUUCGGUAUCUCGAGGCUGGGAGGUUCCAUUGCCUGGAGCGGGACGAGCUGUCUCUCAUGGCUGCUCUUCGGUAUGAACUGCCAGCGCAGGGGCUGCUGUAUAAGCGGCCAAUGAUUGUGAGAGGGGAGGAUAUGGAUUUCAGCAAGUUUGGGGAUACAGUUAUGUAUGAUCUCAUUUAUGCAAGCGCUGUGUUCCUCCAUAUUCCAGAUAAGCUUGUUUGGACUGGGCUUGAGAGGCUUGCAGGGAAGCUGAGGCCGCAGAGAGGUCGGAUUUUCGUGUCACAUAACAUUAAAUUUUGUUCCAGACUGGGUGGUGAUGAGUGCACACAGCGGCUUGCGAAAUUGGGGCUUGAAUAUGUGGGGAAGCACAUUCAUGAUAGUUUGUUGUUUAACCACUAUGAGAUCUGGUUCGAAUUCCGCAGGCCAAAAGUUUAGCUCUUGAUGGUACAGGAAGAGAGACUGGUUUGGCUUCUAUUUUUCAGUUUUGGCGGUUUCCAGCACAGAUCAACUCAUGCCUUGUUCCGUUGUACACCAAUGGGACUUGACUUCAGAUUGAGAUUGAUGCUUGCUCAGUGCUUAAUUCAAGCAUGUGCAACCAAAAGUCAUGAUUGAGAGACACUGUGGUGCUCAACUCUUCCAAGUUACAUCAUUAGGUGAGUGGUGAUUGAAGGCUUUAGCUUUAAUCAGCAGCAAUUAUUGGAUGUACCAUAACUUUAGUAAUGUUUCUGCGAGAAAUUUUUUUGGUAGUUGACGCCAGGCUCGUUAUCUAUGUCUGUUAGAAAGUUGCCUACUAUGGUCAAAAUAGAAUUGUAUCACCGUGCAGGGUUCAGUAAUUUGUGACAAGGAUAGCACUGGUUAUCUUAUUUUUGCAUUUUAUAGCAGUCCCUACUGACAAGAAGGAACAUACACUUUGUUAUGCAACAGUAUCCUGGUGAAUAGUUGCGGCUGUAUGAUUUUGCAACUUAUGUAUUCGUAUUCAUUAUAUAACUAUUGUUUUAUCAAA